UACACGUCUGAACUUAACGCAGGGAGACCAGCACGCAAUAUUUGGAAAGCGGAGAACUUCCCGGCCCGUUUAAUCCCGGACGGACGUGCAUGAUCGUUCAAUCACACAGUGUGGAUAGAUGUAUUCCUAUCAAUAUAAGCUAUAGUCGUGUGAGGAAGAAAUUCGACAUGGAGAUGGAGACGCCGCCUCCGCAGUUCGUGUGCCCCAUCUCGCUGACGCGGAUGCAGGACCCGGUCACGGCGCCGAGCGGCAUCACCUACGACCGCGGCGCCAUCGAGCGGUGGCUGGCCGCGGGGCACGACACCUGCCCCGUCACCGGCCGCGGCCCGCUCUCCCUCGCCGACCUCACCCCCAACCUCACCCUCCGCCGCCUCAUCCUCUCCUGGCCCAACCCCAACUCCAACCGCCAUCCUCCCGCGCUGACCACGCCGGAUCAGCCGGACUCGCGAAACGACGAGUGUGGUGGUCCGGCGGAGCUCGUAAAGAAGCUGAUGGUGGCCGUCCCGGCGGCGAAGGCGGACGCCAUGGCGCGGCGAAGCAUGAUCCCGCGCGUGCUCCCUCUGUUCGUGUCGUCGUGCGCCACCGAGGCCGCCGAGAAGAAGAAGAGCUUCUCGCCGAGCGGGGUCGAGGCGGCGUGCCUGGCUCUCCUCGACGCUCUCGGCGUCUCCGCCGACGAGAUCCGGCCGCAUCUCCUCCCCGCGGAACCCGGCUUCCUCGACGCGCUCACGCACGUGCUGGUCACGCUCACGCUCGAACUACAACACGAGGACUACUACUCCGAACCAACUCUCCAGCGCGCGGUGCGCCUGCUGGAGUCGGCGACGGAGGCGUCGACCCCGGCGCUCCUCGACCGUCUCCGGCCCGACCUCCUCCGCGCCCUCACAGCCGUCCUCCACGCCCGCCGCCGCGUGCCCCUUGCCACGACGCGGGCGGCGCUCAAAACGAUCCUCAACGCGUGCGCCGCAAGCAGCAGGAACCUCCGUCUCGCCGCGGAGUCCGGCGUCGCGCACGAGGCCAUCGAGCUCGAGCUCUCCCUCGGCGGCACCAGCCGCGCGACGACGGAGCUGGUGAUGGCGGUGCUGUCCUUACUGUGCAGCGGGUCCGCGGAGGCGCGGGCGACGGUGGCGGGCCACGCGGCGGGGAUCGCGGUGGUGGCGAAGAGGGUCCUUCUGCGGGGGGGCUCGUCUGCGGCCGGGGACGCCGCCGCGGUGCGCGUGCUGGCGAGCGUGUGCGGCAGGGGCGCGUCGCCGGAGACGGUGCGGGAGAUGGCGCGGGUCGGGGCCGUGGGGAAGCUCUGCUGCGUGCUCCAGGCGGAGUGCGACCAGGUCACCAAGGAGGCGGCGAGGCGCGUGCUGAGGAUGCACGCCGGGGACUGGGCCGGGUCCCCGUGCGUCAGCGCUUACCUGCUCUCUAGAACAUACUCGAUGGCCCGAUCCCGAUCGAUCACGAAGACGGAAGGAAUACGAAUCGUUCAUGCAUGCAUGCUCCACGUGGUGUGAAGGGUACAAGUCAGCAAUGUCUGGCUGAGCUACUCCAGAUGGGUACUUCAACAUCGUGAGGUAUACUACUCCCUACGUCUAAUAAAAAAUGUGUCAAGUUUGUUAUAAUUUGGAUGUAUCUAGACAUGAUUUAGUAUGUGAAAAUAUCUAGUGAAAACCUGAAAACUAUCGUUGUGAGCCGUUGGAUACAAAAUGUAUGGCUCAGAUCUAAGGUGUGAUUGAAACCAGCCACUUAAACGUACAUUUGCGCAAAGCCCCCUGCCUUUACAGGCUUUUACGUAGAACUAGGUGAGAGUUAUCCUCAAGCCAGCCAAUUCCCCAUCCCCCAUCUGAAUCCCCUUCGGCGCAGCGACCUGGAGAAUUCAGCGAUGGCCGACGGCGACCACCUGCACAGACCUUCCCCACGCGAAGACGAUCACCUGUGGAUCCCUUCCCAUGACGGCGACCAGAGGCCUCGGCAGCGUCACGGAGGGUGAAGCUGACCUGCAGUCUGCUUGCUGUUUUCUGAAAACAUGUGUUUGCUGAACAUGUGUAUGCUGAAGCGCUAGAGCUGUUGUUUUGCUCUACAGGAAAUUUGUGCUUUGUUCUGCAAUGCAUCAAUUUUUUUGUACUGAUUUGUAAGAGGAAUUUGUAAUUGCAGAUUGGUUUAGCCAAAUCAAUGAGACUGUACAAAGAAUUCUUGAAUGAAUGUGAAUGUACAGAAAAUAUCUGUUGUUUAUCCGAAUCAAUGUGACAUAAGCUCUUGGACAUGUUGGAGCUUCCUUCCUCGCUGCAAUCAGGGAGUUUGGAAAAUCAAAUCAGAUCCAAGCAAAUAAAAAAAUAGCCAUUGCACUGAUCAAUUUGAAUCAAUGAACAAGAAGAGAAACCAACAAAGAAUCCCAAUGCUUGCUCCGUAGGAGGUCCAAUGCUCCCGCAUGUGGAAGACGCUGGAUGGCAGGGGAUGACGACGGCAGGCCGACGAGCGCUUCCGAAGGUGGCCGGCGAAGGGACAGUGCAGGUCGCGUACGAGGCCGACGGAAGGUGGAGGAUCAAGACCGGCGUCCGGC